CUCCCUCCGCUCUGACAGCCGCCAGCAGGACGCUUCCAGCAGGUUCAUCCAGAGACUUCCAGCCGCCAUCGGUACCGACACGCUUUCCGGGACUUUUUACGGACUGCGGAAGACAUUAACAGCCGUAUUUCUGUUGAAAUAUUCACGGAAAUGCCCACGAUAAAACUACAGAGCUCUGAUGGGGAAAUCUUUGAGGUGGACGUUGAGAUAGCCAAACAGUCCGUCACCAUCAAGACCAUGUUAGAAGAUUUGGGAAUGGACGAUGAAGGAGAUGAUGACCCAGUCCCCCUCCCUAAUGUGAAUGCUGCCAUCCUCAAGAAGGUGAUUCAGUGGUGUACUCAUCACAAAGAUGAUCCCCCUCCCCCCGAGGACGACGAGAACAAGGAGAAGAGGACGGAUGACAUUCCUGUUUGGGACCAGGAGUUCCUCAAAGUGGACCAAGGCACCUUGUUUGAACUCAUUCUGGCCGCUAACUAUUUGGACAUCAAAGGCCUCUUAGAUGUCACCUGCAAGACGGUGGCCAACAUGAUCAAAGGCAAAACCCCAGAGGAGAUCAGGAAGACUUUCAACAUCAAAAAUGAUUUCACAGAGGAGGAGGAGGCCCAGGUACGCAAAGAGAACCAGUGGUGUGAAGAAAAAUAAAGCGGAGAAUCCUGCCAACACUACCACACUGAAAAGGAUUGUCCAUGCUUACUGGUUGCACUGGCGUUGUUCAUAUUUGUUAAUAUUUACUUUUGGGAUAUCGACAGCCACUUUGCUCUCUAGUUCCAUUCAUUUCUGUAUCCUAAUAAUAGCAUGACCAUUUUAACUCGCCUGUGUGGUGUCCUUAAUUUAAGCAAAACACGCUUAUUACUGUUUUCACACUUUCAUGUUGUGGAUCUACAUAAAAUAUAGUCCUGUUUUCAUGGCUUUGUAUCCUGAAAAUGAAAAAAGAAAUCCCUCCUUCCAGCUGUUCUUUGUCUUUAGUUGCUCUAGUUGUCUGCUUUUUGUUUUUUACUGGAGAUUUUUCUUUUAGGUUCAUUGAAUUAAAUAAAGUAAAAUUUCUGACAAUGGAAAAACAAGGGUGAAUGUUAUUUUUGCUCUCCAAAAGCAUUGGCUUUAUUAAAACUCGGAAGAUGACUUGUUAAUAGGGAGAAUGAAGUUUGAAGUGGCAACAUGUUUUGUGUUAUCACCUCCAUCACAUCGUUAACCCAUGAAUUUGUGUAUUUAGUUGGACACUUUCACCUUAGCUGUGAUGCUGGCUUUUUGGAGCUGGAUAAACACUGAAGGAGUUAAUAAAAUCUUUCAAAUGGA